AUAAUGCAUCAGCCACGGAACAGUAGCCGGCAGUGAAGUUUAGGCUUACCAACGGCGCCCAUAAGCCGUGAUUGUAACCCUAGGUCUGACUGACCUCUUGCGCUACUGUCGUGGCUCGUACGAUAGGCAAAAUCAUGCGCACCAUUCAUAUUAUGUUGCACGUCUCGUGCUAUAUAUACAUGCACGUAUACAUGCUUUUUUGUCACUAGAUUCGCCGUCGUUGUUGUCGUUGUCGAUUCCUAUUGUAUGCAAUGCAAAUCAUUUUUAUUCCCUCGCUUAGUGCGGUUGCAAGCGACUAUGUUAUUAUUGCAUUGUGUGGCCAUCCCUGCCGCAUGGCCAGAAGCGAACAAAUUACCACUUGUUUCACGUCGUCCUCACCAGGCCAUAAACCCCAUGUGCAUGAAUAAUUCCAGAAAGAGACAGCCAAGCUCAUUCCAGGUCACUUGCCCCAUCUCAUACGUGGGGGGAUAUCGUGUCUAUCCAAUACGGCAGAUGCGGCCAUUUGCGAUCUCGCAUCUAGAAACAAAACAGAUGGACCACAUCCAAAUAAAAUCUGGUUCCCGCGGCGCUACGGCCCCCACUCAAAUUUCGCCGUUGGUAUCUAUAUGCCUUGUCAUCGCCGACUUCAUACAUGAAAUUCGAAGAACAAUGUCAAAGCCGCUGUUAGCGGCCUAAAAGCUGCGAGCGAACAAUCAAAGGUGUCGGUCUUCGGAUGCUGUUCGGGUUUCCGUAUAUAAAAUACUGCUUGUCAGCCCAGGACUAGUGGAGAUCCUAGAUAAGAGGACUGAACGAAUGAUCGUAUGCUUGCUUAGAAUCCGCUAAAAGUAAGUAGUCUAGGC